UGAUGGCGGUAUAACACAUCUUAAGUGGUUUGCUAACCGCCAACUAAGGGGAAGAAGAAAAAGACGACGAAGAAGAAAAAGACGACGAAGAAGAAAAAGAAGAACAAUACUAAAAGAGACGCAUAGAACCAAAGCUAAUCUUUCUUAACUACAACGAUGCAGUUGGCUUUAAGUAAAACAUUUGGUCAGAAGCCAGUUAAAUUUCAGUUGGAGCAGGAUGGCGACUUUUACAUGGUUGGUUCGGAGGUGGGAAACUAUUUACGUAUGUUUAGAGGCUCCUUAUACAAAAGAUAUCCAUCGUUAUGGAGGAGGUUGGCCUCUGUGGAGGAAAGGAAGAAAAUUGUGGCGUCAUCACAUGCCACCAGUGUUACGCUGCUGAAGGCGUCAGAGUGUGAAGAGAUCUUUGAAGGCAAUGAUGAGAAAUACAAGGCAGUGUCCAUCAGCACGGAGCCCCCGCUGUACCUGAGGGAGCAGAAAGCAAAGAGAAGCAGUCAGUGGGUCCCUACGCUGCCAAACAGCUCCCACCAUUUAGAUGCAGUGCCUUGUUCCACGACCAUCAACCGCAACCGCAUGGGUCGGGACAAGAGGAGGACCUUCCCACUGUGCUUUGAUGAUCAUGAUCCUGCAGUGAUCCAUGAGAAUGCUGCCCAGAUAGAGGUGUUGGUACCCAUCCGCCUUGACAUGGAGAUAGACGGGCAAAAACUCAGAGAUGCCUUUACGUGGAACAUGAAUGAAAAACUGAUGACCCCAGAGAUGUUUGCAGAGAUUUUGUGUGAUGACUUGGACUUGAAUCCUCUGGCCUUUGUCCCUGCCAUCACAUCAGCCAUACGUCAACAGAUAGAGUCGUACCCGACUGAUAGCCUGUUAGAGGAGCAGGCAGACCAGAGAGUCAUUAUCAAGCUCAACAUUCACGUAGGAAACAUCUCUCUGGUAGACCAGUUUGAAUGGGACAUGUCAGAACGUGAAAACUCUCCUGAGUCGUUUGCACUGAAGCUAUGCUCUGAACUCGGUCUUGGGGGAGAAUUUGUUACCACGAUCGCUUACAGCAUUCGAGGACAGCUCAGCUGGCACCAAAGAACGUAUGCCUUCAGUGAGAACCCGCUUCCCACUGUCGAGAUUGCCAUCCGUAACACAGGCGACGCCGACCAGUGGUGCCCCCUUCUAGAGACACUCACAGAUGCUGAAAUGGAGAAGAAGAUCCGAGACCAAGACAGGAACACAAGACGUAUGAGACGACUGGCCAACACUGCUCCAUCUUGGUAAGGCAAGAAAGCACACCUGAUGAUCUCCUUCAUUGACCAGACGUUUUCCAGACGAUUGAGGAUGUUCAACCAUCAAUACCCCAGAAGUGUUUUUUUUUACGUUGUUUUUUCAAUCAUGAACAUAUUCACAUGUAGUCCGUGACUGGAACAUAAGCGCACAGCCAAACAAAUCAGCUUACACUUUUUUUAUGCCACAUUACAUUUCAAUUAAUGAUGCAAUCAACCUUCAUGUUUAUUUCUCUCUGAUAAUGAAGAUAACCCAAAUCAAUGUAUGAAAUCACUUGACCUUCUUUCGUCUUUACAAUUGGUCUAAGAAGAAGAUGAUAAUGAAUACAUUGCUUUUAAAGUGCUUCUUUAAACACCUUUUAAUUUGGGAAAUCAAUAACUCUGUUACCUCAAAUGUCAGACAUAUAUUAAACACCUCACUAAGAUCAAGUUCUUCAAUAAGAAGUAGUUAUAAAUAGUUGAUGUUUCAAAUUCACUCAUUCAACCCUCUCGGGAUAUACUAUUUUAAUUAUUUAAGCAAAACAGCACAAAACGUCCUUAAGUUUUUGAAGGGUGCUAAACAUUUUUUGUUUCCGUUGUUUGCUCACAUUUCUCAAACUUCAGUCCUAAACAAAAAUAUCAAACAUGUAAUAAAAAAAAAAUGGACCCUUUUGAAGACCCUUUGAUCAAAUAAUAUCAGUUUUAAAUUAGUAAAAUAACUAAUUGUAUGCAAAUGUAUACUAUUUAAAAACUGUGACAUCAUUUAAUCAAAAUACCUUCAAAUGGUUACAACAGUGAUGAGUAAAUGACGCUUUACUGAGUAUAUGUCACACUCACUAGCUGUAUUGACACUGCACUGAUACUGUGUUAAGUGAUAUCUACUGGAUUCAAAAAGUAAUUACAUUUGACAUGCAAAUACAAUUAAUUGUUAGCAAAUGACAAUAGCUGCACAAAAAUGCAAUCAGGUGCAGCUUUGUUCAAUGACCCAAACAGUAUACGGGGAGGGGGGGGGGCGGCAUUUACCCUAUUUGGCGCUAUUAGAUCGAAAUGAUUCCAGACUUCGGAAUGUUUGCCUUUCCUUAGUUCCAUUCAUAUGAUGGUGGUGACGAAAACCAACGUCAAACAUGGCACGCCACUCAUCCAACUUCUUUUAAUACAAGCGGUCACUUGUGAGCCGAAAGAAGCGCUUACUGAUAAACUCAGUUUAUUGCUUCACAGUCAAACGACACCUGUAUCGAUCAGGCGUUUUUUUUCUUUAGAGUGACACACGCAUUGAGGGACACAGUAUUACUCCUGGUGUAUCAUGAGACAUCAAUGCUCUGCUAUCAGUUGACCCUUGACUAGUUUCAAAUAAAAAAAAGUUAAACAUUUUUACAUGUUUGGUAUUUUUUUUAGGGUUAAAAUUGAGAGAUUUGAUCAAAAAGGUCAACAAAAAUAUGAAUUCAUAAUGGUUUGUAUGCCCUUUGAAAAAUGAAAGAUAUAAAAGACUUGUAUCGUU